AUGAGUUCGAGUAAAUCAAGGUGGGUUGAUAAAUGCUAUAAUUUAAUUGAGGUAUGCAGAAAGUGCCCUUUGACAGAAUCAUUCAACCUACCAGUCGAAUUUCAAGAUCCAAAAUUCGACGAAGAUUACAGAUCUAUUGUUAAAACGCCGAUGUGCAUUCAAACAGUAAAGGAUAAUCUUAGCAGAGGAAAGUAUCAGUCCCCCAAAGAGUUUUUGGCCGACUUUUCUUUAAUUUAUGACAACUGUAUUUCAUAUUAUUCUCAAAGAAACGGACCAUUGCUUGUUGGAAUUGCAAAACACCUCAAAAAAGAACUUGAAAAAGAAUACAAAAAUCGUUUUGAAAGACAAUCAAACGUAGCCUAUUAUUACGCUCAAUAUUUAAUGAUUUUACGCGAAAAACUCACUAGUGAACAAAAUACAGAAGAAUUAACAGAUUUUACAAAAGUUGGAAAAGCUUUUGAAGAGCCUGGUCUCUUAUUAUUAGCAGAUAAACUUAAUGAAAUUAUUACUCCAGAAAACUCAGCAGAAGUAGCUAAUAUAAUGAAAGUAGAGAAACCUUCUUCUAACCAAUCAGUAGAAUUAUCGGAUUUAACUCCAGAACAAAUUACAGAACUCUGGAAAUUUGUUUUUAAGAAUCAAAAUAAAUAG